CGUUCAAGUUACACGGGAAACAUCAGAACCGUCUACUAUUUAGACGUAUAGUACCGUAUUCGCGAUACUCAAUUUCACACUUGAAACUACACGUUAAUUUUACUUAUUCGAUAAAGUACGUCUCGUUUAAGAGCUGAGCUAUCACUUUUGUACCGCCUUGAAAGCCUCCCCGUUGUUGGGAUGUAGAAGCUGAAAUCUACAACGUCACUUUAACGCGUCACUUGACAUCCCAGCAGAGCGCUGAGCGCCAGCAGCCAAGACGUCCGCAGGAGGGAAGGCAGCUAUCUUAAACGAAUCUGUUUGACUAAUAUUUUCCUCAUUUACACCACAGGCUGCCAUGAAAGCAACUACAUUGUCCUUGCUUUUCUUGCUGCUUUCCGCGUCGGUGCUCUCGGCAGCGGAAGCGGCCAGAGGCCGGGCCAGCAGCAACCAGAACAGCUUCCGACGGGCGGCUAACGGCGUCUACCAGACCCUUAGCAAUGUGUUCGGGGAGGACAACAUCCGAGGCCUGUACAAGUUUUUCUCCAAAGCAACAGAGCGCUUUGUCCAUGGAGUGGAUUCCUUCCUUGACACGGUCUGGAAGAUAUGGUCCGAUCUCCUGGAUGUGAUGGGCAUUGAUUCGUCCAACCUCAGCCACUACUUCAGCCCAGCAUCCCUCAGCAGCUCACCGGCGCGCGCCCUCCUCCUGGUGGCUGGCGUCCUGGCGGCGUUCUGGUCCCUCUCCAUGUUCCUGGGCGGCGUCUUCUACCUGCUGCACGCCGUCUUCGGACGAUUCUUCUGGCUGGCACGUGUCGCCCUCCUGGCUCUGUCCUGCCUCUACGUUUUGCAGAAGUUCGAGGGUGACCCUGAGCGAGCCGUGCUGCCGCUGUGCGUCAUCAUGGCGCUCUACUUCAUGACGGGGCCCGUCGGCGUGUACUGGCGGCGUGGCGGCGGAGGCUCGCUGGAGGAGAAGAUCGACCACCUUGACACCCAGAUCCGGCUGCUCAACAUCAGGCUGAGUCGGGUGAUAGACAGCCUGGAGCGAGUGGAGUAGAAAACCACCGUCUCCCAACGCCUCUCUCGGUAGUUACGUCAUCUUUUCUUAUUUUUUAACAUGCUUGAAUGAAAUCUGAACAAAUCAUCAAAAACAACUUUUUGAUGCCUCCAGCAUUUCAAAAUGUGGGAAGAGAAACUCACCUGUUGGGUUUUUGAAGCUGCCUCUUUUGUGUUUUGAAAAUGUUAUUCCACAAAACGUUGAAGCCGGUGACAUGUACUACAGAGUGUACAAAUACCACGGCCAAUAAGUACAUUGAUUGUUGGUGAUAGUACUGUUUUUAUUUAUUGUGUUGUCAUUCCUGUAUCUUGUCCUGUAGUGUUAGCAGUAGCAGUAGUAGUUUUAACCCUAGGACCCUCUGGGUGUGCUUCACCUGUACCUAUGUGGGCUAAAAUAUUGGGACACAUCACCGGCAGGAAAUUGGAGGUAAAUUGGACCACUUUGUAGGAGGAAAUAUGCCAUUAUAAUUGAUGGAUUAUUGGAUUUAGAGCAGUGGUUCUCAACUAGUUUGGCUGCGGGACCCACCAUCGCCCCUCAAAUUGCAAAAGUUUUUCAACUCAAACUUCUCAAAUAUGUUCUACGCUCUUCUACAGAAGAUAUCUGCAGCAAAUCCCCAGUCCAUGUUCUUCCCUUCCCACUCAAGCCAUAAACAUGGCAGACACCUCCAUGGAGGCUUAGCAAGCAAAUAGCAAGACAAGAAUACAAGGUGCAUUCACGGACAUUGGGUCAUUAUUACAAGACCGCAACCCACCAGUGAGUGGAGAAUGAGGGUGUGUGUCUUCAGUAGUUCAGUCCACAUAGUGAACAGUGUAAUAUAUUGCAUCACCUCUUCCAUCUCAGCAUUGUAUUAAGACAGUAAUCUCAGGGACAUAAUCGGACAAUACACGUUCAAUUCCCAAUAACUUUCCCCAUCAGUGUCUCUAAAGUUGCUUUCAAUGCCCGUUAGAGCAACUUUGUUUCAGCAUCAGUGGGGUUUCCUUUGUAUUUCUGUCCCUGUUUUUCACUAAUGACAUUCACUUUGAGAUAUUCUGGACUUUUGAUGCACCGUUUUGUCCACAUCACCCAAAUAUUGAGGAAUAAGACCUCCACCGAGGCCAAAGAAGCAACUAUUUACACACUCCUGUGUUCAUUCAUUUGAGCGAUAGGAUUUAAAAUUAUGAGAUUCAAGUCCAGUUCCGAUAAUUCAUCAUUAAGACGGGGGUGGAGGUCAUGCAUUUAGAGUCAGCAGUUUAUUGCACUAAGUACUGAACUAUUAUAAUGUAAUGCAAUACUCUGUUUGGGUCUCUUAGCUUCGCUGAUAUGAAGGAAGAACUGUAAAAAAUGUCAUUUGUGGGAAAGAAGGUGUUGAAGCUCUUAUUUCUGUUGCAAGUGCAUGUUUUAGUACUCUUUAACAGCAGCAUGUGGUGUUUUUUUAUAUAGAGUAAGGUGACUUUAUGAGAAAGAACCUUUUUAAACCCGAUUUGUGGAGACAUGCAUUAAUGAGUAGUGUUACACUGUGAAAGGUUCACUUUUACAUAAGGUUGUGUGCAUUUUUUAAUGUUUUUUUUUUUUUUUUUUUAAGUCUUCAACAGUGUUGGGGAAACUUUAAGCCGUAUAGAUAAGAUAACUUGCUGGCAAAUCCACUUGAACGUUAUUUAUUCAUCAGAAAUCCUUAUCCUGAUGUCAUAUUUAGCCUUUUUUCCUGUUUAAUGUGCCAACUUGAAUCAUUUUUUUAUUCUAUCAGUUAAAAUGCAAAACUUGUUUUCCAAAUUGUUUACUUAAGAUAGCAUAUGUGGAAAAUUGAACAAAUGUGAUUUGUGUGUGUUUGCGUGUGUGCGUUUAUAUGCAAACAUGUUGGUAGCCAAUCAGAGCUUCUGUUUCCGUGUGUCCAAAUCUGAAUUAAUUAUCUUAUUUCAGUGAAUUAAAAUACCCAA